AUGUCGCGACCAAUAUAUUCAAUCACAGACACCGUCCCUCUGCCAAAUUCGACGGUGCGGAUACCACGGCUCGGAUUUGGUACUUGCAAUUCCCCCACAAACCUGACUGAAAAGUCCUGCUUGAGCGCUAUUCGAGCCGGAUACCGCUCUAUAGACACUCUUCAAAUCCAUCGCCACGAAGCAGAAAUCGGUCGGGCAGUGCGCAGCUGCGGCGUUGAUCGAAAGGAUCUUUUUCUGACGAUCAAAGUCCGGCUCCUUGUUGACGGGGCAGGCGGGGCCUAUGACUUCCUGGUGGAGAGCGUGGAGAAGCUCAGCGGGAAAGGCGGAUACGUUGACAUGAUGAUGAUACACUGGCCUCAUUUCGAUGAUAUGCAGAGAAGGAGUGUAUGGUUGACGUUGGAGUACAUGCUAGAAAAAGGAUUCACGAAAGCCAUCGGCGUGUGCAACUACUCGGUGGAGCAACUCGAAGAGAUGAGGAGCUAUGCAGAUAUAUGGCCGCCACACUUUGUCCAACUUGAGCUGAACCCAUGGUCCCAGUACAGUUCUAUAGUGGAAUACUGUAAGAUGCAUGACAUCGUGGUCGGGGCCUACUGUUCGCUGACCGAAAACACGAUGUCUACCCAUCCGGUUCUGCUUAGGUUGGCAGAGAAAUAUAACAAGACGGCCUCCCAGGUGUUGGUACGGUACUCGCUUCAAAAAGGCUAUGUGCCAUUUCCGAAGAGCGAUAACCCGGACCAUAUCAAGGAAAAUGCAGAUGUUUUCGACUUUGACAUUGUGGACGAUGAUAUGGCUAUCCUCGACAAGUUGGAAGGCCCCAACCCCCGAAUCGACCCCAGUUAG